AUGUUCGCCCUUCCAGUCCGCUCCGUGGCCCGGACUGCCAGGAGCCUCAAGGUGCCUGGCUCCUUGCGUCCGCUAUCAUCCCCAACCCAUCCCAGCCCAUCUCAAUCACAACAGCAGACAAUCCCUCCAGUGGAAGUACCACCAAGCUCCGCUAUUCAGUAUGAUGAUCCAAUUGCAUCCCGUGUGAUGAGAUGGGUCACUGAUCAAAAUUCAUCCAGGUCGGCGGAAACAGAGCAGCCCGUUGAACAACCCGUGAAAGAAUGGGCGGACCGAUUAGGGGCGCUUGGUGAGAAUACACGAUUGCCGCGAAGUGUACAGGCGAUCUAUCUGCGGCCGCUACGGAGGCGGCCGGAACACGGUCUUCCGGUCUGUGACCUUCAAUUGCGAUCAUAUAGCGUCCGGAAUCUCGAGUUUUAUGCGGAUUUUGCAAUUCGCGCCGCCUACUACCUCAACUUGCCGGUCUCCGGUCCCAUCCCCCUACCGCGCAUCGUCGAGCGCUGGACCGUGCCGCGGAGCAACUUUGUUCACAAGAAGAGCCAGGAGAACUUUGAACGGAUUACCCUUCGCCGGCUAAUUCAAAUCAAAGAUGGCGAUCUGCAAGCCGUCGAAGCGUGGCUCGCCUUUCUCCGAAAACACGCGUUUUACGGGGUGGGCAUGAAGGCAAAUGUUUGGGAAAACGAGAGCCUUGAAGUUGGCAAAGCGAUGGAUGCAUCGGUGGCUGAGAUUGAAAAGUCCCUCGGAGCGGACCUUGCGCAGUUUGGCAUGCGCAAAGGCAGCUCUGCAGACCGUGUCAACACCAUAUUCGACAACUUGGAUAAUCGAUUCAAGGAGCGCCGAGACAUCUAG